UUAUAGUUUCCCCGCCUCCUUCCAUUGUACAGUCAUUCCCGGAUUGCCGCGAUCACUUUGCUGUGACCCUAAAGGUUGAGGGGGGAGCAGAAGUGGCUGCUCAGGUGGCGUUUAGGACCUCGAAGAUAUGGCCCCGCACGCCGAUACAACGACUUUCAUGCCAUAAAAGAGGGGCUGCGUGCUGCAGACUGGCUGGCUGUGUGGGGGGAUGGCGCACCCCCCCACCCCCGAGCCCGGGGGUUAAGCACGCGGCAGCCUCCCUCUUGCUAGUUUGCAUUUGUUUGCGGCGUUAAAUCAUCAUGCGGCGUUUUGUUCUACUCUGUGUCGCAUUCGCGAGCGUUACAAAGGGUAAUCAAGCCAGGGAUCGUAUCACAGACUGUAUCCGAUCCAACGGGGCUGACUACAGAGGCGAGCAGCAGAUCACGUUAACGGGUGAAAAGUGCCUGAACUGGGCACACGCCACCAGGAACUAUGCAGCCACAGCUGGGCUUGAUCGCCACGCAGGAAUUGGCGACCACAACUUCUGUCGCAACCCGGACUCCUCCAUGACGCCUUGGUGUUACGUAAUUGGGCAGGACAGCCUGGUCCAGAGACAAGCCUGUGUCAUCGAAGUCUGCAGAGAUGACACUCCAGGAAAGGUGACUGCGGUGGUGUUGCCGGCUACCUUCCCGAGUCUCUCACCGACAGGCGCAGAGAUCCUCAAUCCAGUCCACGUCCUCUCAACUCAAGGCGAGCCUGCAGCAGUCAGACCUGCCGUGGGACCCGCCCGCUGGAUCCGCACUGACCCCACCAGAAAGAAAGACCUCGGAAUUGGGGGAUAUGUCCUUGGAAUCAUCACGAUGACCCUCAUCAUUUUACUCGGAAUGGGAAUAACGGGAGGAUACAUCUAUAACAUGGGGCGGGGCCUGCGGAGGCAGCGGGAGCAGCAGGAGCGUGAGCAGGAGAUGCAGCGACUGGCUCUUCCCCUCUCUGCCUUCUCCAACCCCACCUGUCAGCUUCUGGAUGAGGUCACCACAGCUCCAACCAGCACCUCCGCUGAGGAGAGGGCCCCGGCGGGGGGAAACGACCCCCACAUCAGCCAGACAGGGACACCGGGGGCCUGAAAAUGGUGCCUAGCCCAUCCCUGCACCCCCACCCCCAGCAUUGACAACCGUAGGCCUUGAUUCUGCGCAAAGGCAGUGGGCAGCCCCUAUCCCAGGGGUCACCAACAUGGUGCCCGCGGGCACCAGGAUGCCCCCAAGGUCCACAUGAGUCGCCCGCGGACCUGUACUAAAAAAUAGCACAACUCACCAGUAAGCAGCGUCUAAAAUUUUAUUUUAUCCUGUUGCUAUUCUUCUUUAUUCACAUUUGCAUUGAUAUAGAUUUCAAAAUGACAUUAUCUAAAAAAAGCAUUUAAAACAUGUUUAUUAUACAUGAAGCUUAGAUAAGUAGGGAGGGCGUUUCAAACCAGUAACCCUUCAUAUGGCUCAGUACCUGUGAAGUAGCCCUCAGUUUCAAAACGUUGGUGACCCCUGAUCUAACAUGUCGCACAGAAACUGUCAGCCUCGACUCCUUAGCUGAACAGUCACAUCUAAACUUGGCUAAAUACGGAAUCAGACGAGCCUUGAUGCUGAGAAGUAUGGAAAUCGGAAGGCAAGAUCUUUAAAAUGAUGGUUUUCUUAUUGAAGAUAAUGGCCCAACUUGAACUGAAUGUUAGUCGUACACAGACAAUAUUCUGCGAUUGAUCACUGCAGAGGAACUUGGCCUGAGAUGUUUCUCUCUUUUUGCUCCUGUUGAUGGUGCUGUUGUAGCAUUUUGAGGAUCGAUUUCCAGAAUGAAAAACUACUGGUUACCUGUGACAGACAGCAGGAAGUUCCUCCAAGUAGACUCUGACAAGCAGUGCUAUCAUAAGGUUGCUUAGAAAAUGUGGACUCUGGUUAAAUCAAAUAGACUGAUUUUAUUUCAAUCGGGACAAGUGACAGUGUCCAUGUCAAAUAUUUUACAGACAGGUUGGUGUUUGUGACUCUGUGCGUUUUUUGCAUAAUACAAUCAGAAGCAGAGAAUUUAUCAUCUUACACUCUGUCACUUGAGGAGGCAAAAUGAAAGACAACUGUCUUAUGGGGAUGUCUGUAGGGUCACUUCCAGAGAUUUCUGGUGCUCUCUGCUGGUGGAUAUCUAUGUUACACCAGUUAAUUAUGGGGUCCUUGUCCAUCUUCAAAAUGUGACAGCGUUGUGUUUAAUAAAUAGAAUGUCAGGCUCCCUGCCAGACUGACUGCUAUCUUUACACAUCGCAGGCCAGAAGCCUGAUGGAGGAUGGAUGACAUUUCCUUCGCUUUGCUAAACCACAGUCCGCUGGCGGGCCUGUAUAUGUUCUGCCACUGCAGAAGGCCAGGAUACAGUCAGCCAAUGACGGGAGCAGCUGCUCAGGAGCCCUGCUUGUGCAAUUUGCUCCCAUGGAAACAGAUUCUUUGGUUGCAUCCCGCAUUGAUCCCGGCGUGCCGAGGCUGAAUCACGCAGCUAAUGGAGCGACGCUUUGAACACCUUGAACCUGAUGAUGGGAUCUCGAGGGGCCGAGUGUACUACCAGAAUGCAUCGCGAAAUGCUUUUCAGAAUUAAUUUUGUACGGUAGAGAACGUAGCUUACAGAGAAGUAACAGAAUGGAAUAAACCAGGGAUGGGGGAAAUGAGGUUUGGGGCCGUAUGCUACAUGCAGUUGCUAGCUGGUUUGAAUCGAAAUGUUUUUUUACCCAUCGCUUGAAUUAGCCUCCUGUGCUUUUUUCCCUUGGUGGAGCCAAAGAGGUCAUUCAUUUCUCAUUUCCAUUGUACCAGGACAAGCUAUAAUUUAAGCAUCCCAUGAUGAAAAGGGAAUUUGAAAAAGGAGCACAGAUAAUUAUUCCACAGAACGUCUAGGAGCGCAGCUCCUGUGCUCAGCAGUGCUGCAGCAGUUUCAGCGGCCUUGACAGACACUAAUGACCAUUGUAGCAAUGUAAUGCUAACGGGGAAUAGGCCACCUCAUAAAAAGCAACGAGGCGUUACUUUUUGUCACCGCUGCGCAGUAAGAUCCAACCGACAUCAACCUGAAAUUCUCGCAGUAACGGCCGUAUUGACUUACCUUGCUCACAUUUCGGUGGGGGGUUAGAUUGACACAACUGAAAUGUAGGCAUUUCGUGUGACGGUGCUACUUCUCAUCUUUUUGUAUCUCUCUAGACUUUAAUAAACAGCAGUCUUUUCCCCCAUUCUUUGAGUCACGGUUCUGUCUCGAUCUCCCCCACGUAGGCAGGCACAGUAACCCUCCGAAGGGCACCAAGAGGCAUCAGCAACAUCUCUGAAGCUUCAGAACUCAAAUUCCUCCAAGUGAAAUGCUUAAAUGGCACCACCAAUAAGGAGAACGAUCUGUGCCAAGCAGAUCACAAAUUACAUGUCGUAAAAAAGAAGAUGGUAACAUGUUUUACAUGAUGUCGUAUAUAUAUACAGAAAUAACAAUAGACAAGACAUUUUUUCCCAAAAUACAUUUAUUUC